CCGCCGCACGCCCAGCAGGACACGGCGGAGGCGGCGGGCGAGAAGCUCCGGCAGCUCAACAUCGGCGAGGGCGACGACAGGGAGCACAACAGGAUGAUCCGCAGCCAGUAUCGGGAGCUCAUCUCCACCGUGCAGCAAAAUCGAGAGGCUAUGCUGAAUUCAAAAAGCAACAGACUGACAGAAGCUUUGGAAGAAGCCAAUAGACUUUUUGAUGGAGUUCGCCGUGCACGAGAGGCUGCACUGGAUGCCCAGUUUCUUGUUAUAGCAUCCAAUAUAGGAAAGGAGAAGGCCAAUGAGUUACACUCAGAGAUGUCAGCAUUUGACUCAACAGCAUUUGCAGAAGACUUGCUGACCUUUAUGGGUGUAAAUCGCACAGAAGUAGAAGAAACUGAUGACUCUGAGGAUGCCUCAGCUGUUUUUUUACCUAGUGAUGCCUGGAAGACAAUGGGAGAAGAAGCAACCAAGUACUUCAGAAGAGCACAUACUUUUCACUUCCUGAGUGGAUCUUUCAAUUCUGAGCCUCCUGUACCAAAGCAACGGAUUGAGAGGCAGAAGAAAGCUAGCAGAGGAAAAGCAGAACGGGCAAUGCCUGCUCAGUUAAAAAAAAUGGAGGAGUCUCAUCAAGAAGCUACAGAAAAAGAAGUAGAGAGGAUCUUGGGAAUACUGCAGACUCAUUUUGAAAAUGAUCCUAAUACACCCAUUUCCUUCUUUGAUUUUGUGAUUGAUCCGAACUCGUUUGCACGCACUGUGGAAAACAUGUUUCAUGUAUCCUUCCUUAUCAGGGAUGGUCUUGCAAAGAUAAAGAUGGAUGAAGAUGAAUUGCCAGUAAUAGAGCCUCUAAAACCCAGCGGGGCAGAGGAGGACAGCAGAGCUGGAGCACGGAACCAGGUGGUCUUAAGUCUGGACCAGAAAGAAUGGCAGGAGAUCAUAGAAACAUUUCAGAUAAGAGAAGCCAUGAUUACCCCUCUUUCUCAGAGCACUGAAGAGGAAAUGGAGACAGAGUAAAUAUUCAAGUGCCUUAAAGAAAAUACUUAAAAACAUUUGUUUCAACAAUU